UUUCCUUUUAUAAAUUUACAUUUUCACCCCUUCACUCUCAUCUCCUCAAAAAGCCCCCAACUUCCUUUCAGCUUUGUCCUCCUGUCUUCUUCAAACGCAAUUCCUAUCCCCAGUUUCCUACCCUCUUUUCUCUAUUUCUCUCUGCAAACAUUCACACGUUUAUGGCGAUGGAGGAACCGAAUUUCUUCAUGGGGGAUUACUUCGGCGCCGGAGAAUGCUCCUUUGGACACCAGAAAACCACCGACAUGAUCAACAAUAACAGCAAUCAGUUCAUAAUCGAUGACCUACUCGUCGAUUUUCCUAACCAUGACGAUGUUGUUUUGAAUGAUGCGUUUUUUAACAAUGUGAUUGGGAAUUCAGGUGAUUCGUCAACGGUGACUGCUGUCGAUAGCUGUAAUUCCUCAGUCUCCGGUAGUGAAGCUCCGUUUUCCGGUAAUCUGAGCUCUCGUAGCUUUUCUGAGUCGAAAUUCUCCGGUGAUGAGCUUUGUUUACCGUAUGAUGACUUGGCGGAAUUAGAAUGGCUUUCGAGUUUCACAAAGGAAUCAUUCCCAACCGAUGACUUUCAAAAUCUGCAAAUCGUCUCCACCGAGAACAUAAAUCCGGCCACCGACACAUCGUCCUCUGCUUUCUCGUCUGAAUUCCGACGGAUACCAGUAGUCGGAAACAGAGUAAACUCGCAGAUAUUUAAGAGAGACGUUUUCGUCCCUGGUAAAACACGCAGCAAACUCUCACGAGCACCUCCCUGUGAUUGGACCUCACGGAUCAUCCACUUGAAGCAAUUAUCAUCUUCAAACGCGGAGAUCAGAUUGCAGAAAAUGUUGCCGACGAAGAGACGUCAACGUGAGAUUCCUGAAAGUUCGAUCACGAGAUGCCUGCAUUGCGGUUCCGACAAGACGCCGCAGUGGCGGACGGGACCGAUGGGACCCAAGACACUCUGCAACGCAUGUGGAGUCCGUUUCAAAUCAGGUCGGUUGGUACCGGAAUACCGACCCGCUGCCAGCCCGACGUAUGUGUCGGCAAAGCACUCCAAUUCACACCGGAAAGUAAUGGAGAUCCGACGUCAAAAGGAGCUCCGAAAUGCAGAACAUCAGUUCAUCAAUCGGAGCCCCAUUUCAAUCGAAUCCAACGGUGUCGAUGAUUGCUUGAUUUAUCGUCAAAGUGGGUCCAGUUUUAUGCACAUGAUAUAGUACGGAAAGGAGCAUUAAAUUAGCGUGAAGCAGUUUACUAAAAAAACAAUUUAGCAUUAAAAUUAGAGCCCAUCUAAGAAGGAUUAAAAACAAGUCGGUAAUAAUUUUUCAUUAAUGUAAUCAAAUUAUUUCUUGCAUUUUGUAAAAGUUUUAAGACCUUUGUUACUUAUAGUCUACAACCGAUUUUAUUGUAACAGUUAAAGACAUGCCA